ACCUCUCCUUUAAGAAAAGACAGACCGGGGCCAUGACACAACCAAAGGGAUCUGCAGUGAAACGGACCAAUCAGACGCUCAGGACGGCAUCACGUGGGCCGCAGUGCGCCCGGAGUCCGGGGGGUUCAUUGUGUGAAGCGUCCAAUCAGCUCUAAGCUCCUCCCUCUCCGCGGCGUGGCUCCUCCUCUUCCCCCCUCCCUGGAGGAGGAGGCGGUGGGCGUGUCUCUUCCUUACUAUCGUGUUGCGUCGUUUCCGGCCGCUACUGCCGAAGCUUCCCCGAGCGGAGUGAAGAAACAACAGCCGCCAUUUUGUUUGUGUGUGUGAGGGACGGAGCCCCCCGGACUUGAAUUGGACGCGGAGCGCCAGCCGCCGGGAGCCCGGAGGAGGCUGAAUGAGAACGGGAACGUUUCGCCGUCAUCCGCUGUGGACACCCGAGCUCUGAUCACCAGCCCCCCCUCCCCCCAUCCCGUGUUCAUCCUCCCCGGGAUACCGCUACCGCUCAGAUCCCCAGAGACAUAGCUGCCCCGGCUCCGGUUCUUUACUCCUCCGGCCCCCCCUGAAUCCGUCAUCCGCCGAUCCCCCAUCUAGUGUGCGCGUUAGAGGCCGCGGAGGAGGCUGGAGAACGAUCCCCCUAUCCCCGGGAGAUAAUUGAAGGCGGCCCCAUCGCUCACACAGCCCUUACGGUUCCUCCUGCGUUACCGCGCCGCCAUGUAAGCCCUCCCCCGGAGCCGUGCAACCCGAGCCGAUUCACGAUGCCGCCCUCUGACGGGGGGAGAGCCCCGGGUCUGCGCCUCUGAGCCCCGGCCAUACACACUCACUAUUUAAAUUGGGUUUUCUUGGCGCAAAGUUGCACUAGAUAUAAUCCACAUUUAUUAUAAUUUUUUUAUUUUAUUUUUGUCUUUUUUUUUUUUCCUUUUUAUUUUUUUUUCGGGUGGGGGGUGAAGAGUCUUUGUGUUUCAGGAUGACUUCUCCGGAGAGGCCCCGGUACCGUGCCCGGCUCAGCACCGGGGAUGGGGCGGCUGAGCACUUCCAGGCCCGUUACCUGUGCGGGUGUUUGUGAACAGUCCUCUAUUUCCCCACCUCUUCCCUCUUGCGGUUUUUUUUUUUUUUCUUCCCCUUUUUCCAGUGUUCAGACCUUAGAUGCGUCUUCUGGUCGCCGGUCAUUGUGUGUUGUAGUAGUGAUCAGAGCUGAGGACCGCGACUAUAGAGGAGAGAGGAGGAGGACGCUGUGUGCAGCCAUGGCCGAAAAUCUGCUGGAUCCAGGGCCGCCCUCUGCCAAGAAGCCCAAGAUCUCGUCUCCUGCCCUGUCUUCCGAUGGUCCAGAUUUUGGGUCCUUAUUUGACCUGGAGCAAGAUCUGCCCGAUGAAUUAAUAAGCUCCAAUGAAUUUGGCGCGAGCAAUGGAGGAGAGCUCAGUCAGCUGCACGCCAGCAUGGGCAUGGUACCCGACGCAGCUGCCAAGCACAAGCAGCUUUCAGAACUUUUACGAGGUGGUAGUGCAAACAUGAGUAUGGGCCUCGGUCAGCAAACCCAACAGACCAGCCAAGGUAUCGGACUUCUCAACAACAUGGUGAAGGGCCCAAUGGCUCAAGGCGGAUUGACAGGCUUGGGUAUGGGAGGUAAUGGCAGCAAUCCAGGACAACCCACUCAAGGCCUAAAUCCUUCCUCAGCAGCUGGUAUGAUGCCUUCCCUAAACAACCCAAUAAACCAGCCUAGAAUGGGCAUGAACACGGGUAUGAUGCAAGCUGGAAAUGGACAGAACAUGAUGCAGGGGCAAAUGAUGAAUGGUUCACUUGGUGCAGGAAGGGGGCGACCUGGAAUGCAAUACCAGAACCAAGGCAUGGGCAGUUCUAGUAACAUUUUAGCAGAGACACUUCAGCAAGGGGGGCCGACAAUGGCAGGACAGCCAGGAAUGAGAAGCCCGCAGCCAACCGCCAUGAACAAGCUUGGGAUAAUGAACAACCCUAACCCCUAUGGGACAAAUUAUGGUCAGAAUACCAGUCCCCAGCUGGGAAAUACAGGGCUCGGUUCCCAGAUGCAGAACAAAUCCGCUCUCCAGAACAGUCUGAACCAGUUUUCAAUGGACAAAAAAUCUGGACCUGGCAUGCCAAAUAUGGGUCAACAGCCAUCUACUCAAGUACCGCAAGCCAACCUUGUCCAAGCAUCCCCUCAAGGUAUGGGCACUGGUGCAUCUCCGGGGAUUGGCUCAGGAGCCCCAACAGCAGAUCCUGAGAAGCGAAAGCUCAUACAGCAACAACUGGUUCUUCUAUUGCAUGCCCACAAGUGCCAGAGACGAGAACAAGCAAACGGUGAGGUGCGACAAUGCAAUUUACCCCAUUGUCGUACCAUGAAGAAUGUCCUGAAUCACAUGACCCAUUGCCAGGCUGGAAAAUCAUGCCAAGUUGCACAUUGCGCCUCUUCACGACAGAUCAUUUCUCACUGGAAAAACUGCACGAGGCAUGACUGUCCAGUUUGUCUGCCUCUGAAGAAUGCAGGGGACAAACGCAACCAACAAUCCUUACUUGGGAGUCCACCAGUGUCUUUAGGUACUGCUGGCAAUGUGGGAACGGUUGGUAAUGUGGGCCAGCCUCCUGCGCCUUCACUUAAUCCUGCUAACCAGAUUGAUCCAAGCUCCAUAGAACGGGCGUAUGCUGCCCUGGGAUUACCAUAUCAAGGCCAACUGCAAACACAGUCCCAGACGCAAGUGAAGGGUCAGCAAUCGGGACAGUCUCCUCAGGGGAUUCGCUCUAUGAACUCAAUGAGUGCAAGCCCAGUAGGAGUGAAUGGUGGUGUGGGUGUCCAGGGUUCUGGUCUUCUUCCGGACUCGAUGCUUCAUCCAGGGAUGAACGCUCAGAGUGUAAUGAUGGGCGAUGGCAGCAAUGUUUCCAAUUUGGGAUCCAUGCCUACAGCAGCUCCACCAUCUAGCACUGCAAUACGGAAACCUUGGCAUGAAGAUAUAACUCAAGACUUGAGGAACCAUCUAGUUCACAAACUAGUUCAAGCCAUAUUUCCAACCCCCGACCCUGCUGCAUUAAAGGACAGGCGGAUGGAGAACUUGGUAGCUUACGCUCGGAAAGUGGAAGGUGAUAUGUAUGAAUCUGCGAACAGCAGGGCUGAGUACUAUCAUCUGUUAGCUGAGAAAAUCUACAAGAUCCAGAAAGAACUUGAAGAAAAACGUCGCAUUAGGAUACAGAAGCAAAAUCUAAUGCCCAAUACUCCUGGCAUGCCUCCUGCAGCAAUGAAUCAGGGCUCGGGUAUGCCCCCAUCACAACCGGUCAUGACAACAAAUGGCCCAGUUCAAGACCCAAGCAUGAUGCGUGCGAAUGUCCCAAAUCAAAUAGUGAAUCCUAUGCCAAACCAAUCAGUCAUGAACCAGUUUGGUCCAGUGGGCAUGCCCAUGCAGUCAUUGGUACAAAGACAACAGUCACCGCUUGGCCAACAUCAAGGUCCGCCUGCACCCAUGAAUCAGAUGGCGUUUCCUUCCCGUAUGCCACAACCUUCAGGCAUGGCACAGCCUGUGCAGAAUGUGCAGAAUCAGUUCAUGUCAGCAAGUUCGUUUCAGGCGUCUUCUCCUGUGAUGAAUAGUGGCGGAAUAAAUACAAGCAACUUAAAUUCUUCCAGUUUACCAGUACCGCAGUCGACCGGGCAGAACCCACCUGUGCAGGCCCAGAUGUCCAAUCUAGCUCAUCCUGUGAGUUCUCCUAUACCUCCUCCGGGUUCAUCUGGAAAUCCGCUUCAUUGCCCAAGUAAUAUGCAGACCCCAGUUCAUCGUAACUCUCCGUCUCCUGCCCCGAGCCGCACACCAACACCCCAUCACACCCCACCAAGUCUGGGAACACAGCCGCCAUCAAUCCCUUCUGAUCCUUUAAUGUCGUCGGCAGCAUCCUUGCCUCAGAUGCCUUUACAGAACAGUGAGAGCCCCACUCCUCCCCCUCCUCAGGGGCCCCCUUCCCUGCCCCCUUCGGCCUCUGUCAUUCCAGUUGGUGAGCAGUCUGUUCCCACACCACCACCGCCCCAGCAGCUAGCACAGCCGCCUUCAGCAAGGCCUCCUUCUCAGCCAAAUUUAUCGACACCGGUUUCAACCCCAUCUGCACCGCCACAAUUACAGCUUCAUCCAAGCACUCCGCUUUCCCAGCCGCCAGCAGUUAUGGAAGGACCAACAUCCAAUCCGCCAUCCACAAACAGCCCUGACGUCAGUUCUCAGCAGCCGGCAAGUGAGCAGCAACACCAAGAAGUCAAAAUGGAGAUCAAACAGGAAGAACCAUCGGUGGAAGCUGAGCCUGUAGUGGAGCCCAAAGAUGAGAAACCUGAGGAGAAACCUGAAAUUUCGGCUGAAGACUGCAAACCUGAGCCAAUGGAGCCAGAAGAAAGCAAAGAUGUAAAACCAGAAGUCAAGGAGGAGGAUGAGAAAGCGAACACGCCUGCCGCACAAUCUUCUCCCACUGGACAGUCCAAAAAGAAAAUUUUUAAGCCUGAGGAACUACGCCAAGCCCUCAUGCCUACGCUAGAGGCAUUAUACCGCCAAGAUCCAGAAUCCCUCCCAUUCCGGCAGCCUGUAGAUCCACAGUUAUUAGGAAUCCCGAAAAAUACCUCUGUCCUGCAGGAUUACUUUGAGAUCGUGAAGACUCCUAUGGACCUGUCGACCAUCAAACGCAAGUUGGACACGGGGCAGUACCAGGAACCUUGGCAGUACGUAGAAGACAUCUGGCUGAUGUUUAACAAUGCCUGGCUGUACAACCGGAAGACAUCUCGCGUCUACAAGUACUGCUCAAAGUUAGCCGAAGUGUUCGAACAGGAGAUCGACCCGGUCAUGCAAAGUCUGGGAUACUGCUGUGGCAGAAAGCUUGAAUUCUCCCCGCAAACCCUGUGCUGUUACGGCAAGCAGUUAUGCACGAUUCCACGUGACGCCACGUACUACAGUUAUCAGAAUAGUUCACCCAAAUAUGGCCUUCUUGCUGAUAGGUACCACUUCUGUGAGAAAUGCUUCAACGAGAUCCAAGGGGAGAGCGUGUCUCUAGGUGAUGACCCCACCCAACCCCAGACAACGAGGCUCUGGAUCCCCAGUUUUAAGAUCGCAGAGCGAACCAUCAGCAAAGAACAGUUCUCCAAACGGAAAAACGACACCCUGGACCCAGAACUGUUAGUGGAAUGCUUGGAAUGUGGUCGGAAAAUGCACCAAAUUUGUGUCCUACACAAUGACACCAUUUGGCCAACGGGUUUUGUGUGUGACGGCUGCUUAAAGAAAACUGGCCGGACCAGAAAAGAGAACAAGUUUUCUGCAAAACGGCUCCCAACUACAAGAUUGGGCACCUUUUUGGAGAAUCGUGUCAACGAAUAUCUGCGAAGACAAGCAAAUACUGAGGCUGGAGAAGUGUCAGUGCGUGUCGUUCAUGCGUCUGAUAAAACAGUCGAAGUAAAGCCCGGGAUGAAGGCAAAGUUUGUGGACACUGGAGAAAUGGCAGAAUCCUUUCCUUAUCGGACAAAAGCCUUAUUUGCCUUCGAAGAAGUGGAUGGUGCAGAAUUGUGCUUCUUUGGCAUGCAUGUACAGGAAUAUGGCUCUGAUUGUCCACAACCCAACCAGAGGCGAGUAUACAUUUCCUAUCUGGAUAGUGUUCACUUUUUUCGGCCAAGGCAUCUAAGAACGGCGGUCUACCAUGAAAUCCUAAUUGGCUACUUGGAGUAUGUGAAGAGACUUGGGUACACAACAGGGCAUAUAUGGGCCUGUCCUCCUAGUGAGGGCGAUGACUACAUCUUCCACUGUCACCCCAUGGACCAGAAGAUACCAAAACCCAAACGCCUACAAGAAUGGUACAAGAAGAUGUUGGACAAGUCUGUGUCAGAGCGCAUCGUUCAUGACUACAAGGAUAUUUUUAAGCAGGCAACAGAGGACAGGCUGACAAGCGCAAAGGAGUUGCCAUAUUUUGAAGGCGACUUCUGGCCAAAUGUUCUAGAAGAAAGUAUUAAAGAGUUAGAACAGGAGGAGGAAGAAAGAAAGCGGGAAGAAAAUACCGGCAGUGAAAGCAUUGAGGUUGGAAAAGGUGAUAGCAAAAACGCUAAGAAGAAGAACAAUAAAAAGACCAGUAAGAACAAGAGCAGUUUAAGUCGAGGAAGUAAGAAGAAACCUGGAAUGCCUAACGUUUCCAAUGAUUUGUCUCAGAAACUGUAUGCGACUAUGGAGAAACACAAAGAGGUCUUUUUUGUUAUCCGUCUGAUCGCUGCCCCCACUGCCAACACUCUUCCCCCAAUUGUGGAACCAGAUCCCCUAAUCCCUUGUGACUUGAUGGAUGGACGGGAUGCCUUCCUAACUCUGGCCAGGGACAAACACCUAGAGUUCUCUUCUCUACGUAGAGCCAAAUGGUCGACAAUGUGCAUGUUAGUGGAACUUCACACCCAGAGCCAGGACCGCUUUGUUUACACCUGCAAUGAAUGCAAGCAUCAUGUGGAAACCAGAUGGCACUGCACGGUUUGUGAGGAUUACGAUUUGUGCAAUACUUGCUUUAGUACAAAAACCCAUGAGCACAAAAUGGAGAAACUUGGGCUUGGUUUGGAUGAUGAGAGUAACAAUCAGCAAUCGGCCGCAAUACAAAGUCCUGGAGAUUCUCGCCGACUCAGCAUACAACGUUGCAUCCAGUCUUUGGUUCAUGCUUGCCAGUGCCGUAAUGCAAACUGUUCUCUGCCAUCUUGCCAGAAGAUGAAAAGGGUGGUUCAGCACACAAAGGGCUGCAAACGCAAGACCAAUGGCGGCUGUCCUAUUUGCAAGCAACUCAUUGCUCUCUGUUGCUAUCAUGCUAAACACUGCCAAGAGAACAAGUGCCCUGUGCCCUUCUGCCUCAAUAUCAAGCAGAAAUUACGGCAGCAACAACUACAGCACAGACUUCAGCAAGCCCAAAUGCUGCGGAGGCGUAUGGCUAGCAUGCAGAGAACAGGUGUAGUUGUUCCCCAGCAAGGGCUUCCCUCACCAAAUUCUGCUGGCCCAACAACACCCACUGGACAGCAACCUCCAACACCACAGACCCCUCAACCUCAGUCCCAGCAAUCAUCGCAGCCUCAGCCACCACCACCCAAUAGUAUGCCUCCAUAUGGUAUGGGACGUGCUCAGUCCUCCAGUAAUAUAUCACAAGGCAAGGCAGCUGGACAAAUGACUCCACCCACACCACCCCAGGGAGGAUCGGUGCAGCAGCCUGGUCCUCCGCCUGCGGCUGUGGAGAUAGCCAUGCAAAUUCAGCGGGCAGCAGAGACUCAAAGGCAAAUGGCAAAGACUCAGAUUUUCCCUAGGCCCAUGAUGAACUCGCACCAAAUGCAACCCAUGCAGCCAAUGGGAAUGAAUCCACAGCAAGGUCCACGAGGACCCAGUCUUAUGGAUUCUGGAAUGAAUCCAGCAGGCAUGCAACAGCCCCAACAGCAGCCACAACCUCCAUGGGUACAAACCGGCCUUGGCCAACCCCAAGCAAUGCAGCCAAACAUGCAGAGAACACCUGUCAUGCCUGUACAACAGGGGCAACCAAUAAAUAUGCCUCCUGGUCAGCCAGGUAUGGGACAAGUUCCUGGACCAAGCCAAGCUAAGCAAGGCACCUUGCCGCAAGCUGCACUUCAAAACCUUCUGCGCACUCUACGAUCUCCCAGUUCACCAAUGCAACAGCAGCAGGUACUGAAUAUCCUGCACUCUAAUCCGCAGCUUUUGGCCGCUUUCAUCAAGCAGAGAGCAGCCAAAUACGCCAGCAACCAAGCCCCACAGGGUGUUGGCAACAUGCCAGGAAUGCCAUCCCAAGUUGUGCACUCCAAUGCAGGCAUGCAGGGCAUGAAUCCGAUGCAGGCAAUAGGACCGCGCCCUACCAUGUCCCAGCCACCUCAAGCACCUCAGCAGCAGUCACCUCAACAACAGCCACCUUCGCAAACAGGUAUUGUGGGGAUGAAUUCACAGGGCCAACAGGUGAACAUGAACCAUGCUGGAAUAUCGUCACAGUUCCGGGAAAUGAUUCUUCGACGUCAACAAAUGAUGCAUCAGCAACAACAACAGCAGCAGCAGCAGCAACAACAGCAGCAGCAGCAGCAACAACAACAACAGCAGCAACAGCAACAAGGAGCUGGUCCUGGGAUGGUGAACCAUAGUCAGUUUCAGCAGCACCAGGUUAUGGGCGGUUAUACGCAGCAGCAACGACUUCAGCACCAUAUGCAGAUGCAACAAGGUAGCAUUGCACAGAUGAGCCAGGGAAUUCCUGGAGAUGCUGGCAAUAGUUUGCAGACCUUCCAGCAGCGCCUUUUGCACCAGCAGAUUGGAUCUCCAGCACAGCAGAAUCCAAUGAGUCCACAGCAACAUAUGCUGCCGGGUCCUGCCCAGUCGCCCCACCUCCAAGGCCAGCAACUCCCUCCUUCAUUAAGUAACCAGGUGCGGUCCCCCCAGCCCGUACCAUCUCCACGUCCCCAAUCCCAACCCCCUCAUUCUAGCCCAUCUCCUCGCAUGCAGCCCCAGCCAUCCCCUCAUCACGUUUCUCCCCAGACAAGUUCGCCUCAUCCGGGAAUGGUAGGCGUAGGGCAAGGGAACCCUAUGGAUCAAGGACACUACGGGAGCCCGGAUCCCUCAGCUAUGCUGUCUCAGAUGGCUGGUCUUCACGGAGGGGGAAUCUCUGACCUGGGUCUGAGUGGAGACAACUCGGACCUUAAUCCCAGCCUUUCACAGAGUACACUAGACAUCCACUAAGACUUGGGGGGGAGGGACAGAAGGAAGUCGCACUUCCAUCCUUUACAUUGGCAAAAGACUACGUGUAAAAAAAAAAAAUCCAGAAAAGAAAAACAAACUUAUUUUCUUCUCAGACUGACUUUUUAUACUGAAGAACAGCUGUGUUUCUUUUUGUGGAUUGGGGAGGGUGGGAAGAAGGGCUUGUGGGUAUUUUCAAAAAAAAAUUUUUUUUUUUCAUAUUUUUUUUUUAAUUCUCCAGAGACGCUGUGCUUAGGGUAAAAAAAAACAAAAAAAAACUAAAAGGCCUGCAGACAGUGGGGAGGGGCAUAUAUUAAUAUUGUUAUUAUAAUUAUUACAAAGAAUAUAUUUUCAGUGGCUGGGCCAGCCUCUUGAUAUCUUCCUGUUAUGAUGCAGAGUAUUCCCUAGCUCCUUAUCUUCUCCACACCUAACACAUGAGUAUCUGUUUUUAUGUUGUGAAUUAUUAUUUUUUUUUGGUCUUAAUUUUCUUAAAUUAAUGAAAAUGGAUAAAACGUUGACUGCUUUUAUUUGGUGUUAGACGGUUUCUGUAUAGCCAUUUUUUUCCCCCAAUCCCCCCCUGUGUUACCAUCCUCGUCUUCGUCAUUGUCUCUAAUCCACGUCAAUAGAAUUCUUUCACUGGCCACAAGUUGCACUCGACACAGGGCUCACACUUUUUCCAGGGGCUGUGAUUUUAUUACAUAUAUACUAUAAUAUUUUAUUUAUUAAAAUAACCAAAAUAUUAUAUUAUAUCUGACUCCUUUGGUAAAGGAAUCGUGAAUCACAGCCGGAAAGGGUUUGUUCUUUUUUUUUUUUUUUUUGUUUUGUUAUUUUUGUAUGGUCAGUUGCCCUAUUCCCGGGCAUGGAUGGUAUGAAAUUGGGUGAGAAAGGGACUGCUGUGCUGCGAACACAGAGGUUUUCAGAGGAUGGUUUAAUGUUGCUUUAAAACAGAAGAGAUAUAAAUAUAUAUAUAUAUACAUAUAUAUAUAAAUAAAUCUAUAUAUAAAUAAAAUAGCCCCACCCUUCUUUUCUGUGCUGGGAGUGGAUCGGGUACAAGGCAUAAGAAUAAUGUAAAUUUUUACCCCUCCCCCCCCCCCCCCCCCCCCCCUUCCCCUUUUGCCUUGUGUACCUUAUCUUUACAAGAGAAGCCCAGAAAAAAUAUUCUGUUAAGGCAAGUAUUUGCAACCUAAAUGGUGUUAUGUAUACAUGUUUCAAAGGGGCAUCAAGGAAAUAUAUUUUAUUUUUUAGUAUAUUAUUGCACCAGCCAGGUCAGAUGUACUAUAUUUAUUGGACUGUAGAUUCUGGAAAAGGUUAUUAGUUAUUAAAACACUUUUGUUUUAUUUUUUUUUAUUUUUUUGGGGUUAUUUUUUUUUAUUACCCCCAUUCAUGUUACUGUAACAUCAGAAUAAAAGAGAACUGAGAAUGCCAGUGUUCUCCAUGAUGCUGGUCAUGACUGUUCAAUCCUUUUUCUCCUUUUUGGAAAAUUUGUACAUGGAGAAACAGGAAAGAGACUGUCUUUCCAUGUCUCCCUCCCCCCCUCCUCUUUCAAUAACGUGGUGUUAAAUGGUGUAAAUCAUGCAAUGAACCGGGCUCUCCUAAAUACAAGAUUUAAAUCACUGUACAAAUUGUUGCAUUUCAUUUAUUACUUAUUGUUAAAUAAACUGUGUGAGACAGAUGAAAAUUCUGAGUAGUCUUAUUUCUACCAUGGUGCAGGUAUAGUCGCUGAGCAAUUCCUGAUUUUGUUUAAUCUGAUCCAUAGAUUUAUUAUACUACGCCAUGGGUGGAUCUCCAGCUUUGGUUACACGAACAUUGCAGCCCUCAAAUGAAAAUUUAAGUAACUUGAACCAUUGAUAUAAGGCAGGAUGGAUCCAUGCUUUCAUGUUGUUUACAACAAAUUCUCACCCUGCCAUCUGAAUGUUGCAGCUGUAAGUCCUAUAUCUAAAAA